AUGAUUCACGUUAUUCUUUUUUUUGUUGCUCUUCUCUCACCAUAUAUCCCCAAUGCUACUUGUGUUAACAAUGAUUUUUGUGUAGCAGAUUUAUCACUUCCCAAAACUCCUUUAGGAUAUCCAUGUAAGUCAGAAAAAGAUGUAACAGUAGAUGAUUUUGUGUUUUCUGGCUUUGUAGCUGGAAAUGCAACAAAAAUUUUCAAUACUGGAAUAACUUUUGUAAAUGUGGAUAAAUUACCUGGUCUUAAUGGACUUGGUAUCUCUACGGUAAGAGCAGACUUGGGCGUAAACGGAAGUGUGCCAUUGCACUCUCAUCCCGAUUCAACUGAGUUGAUCAUCGUUGUUGAAGGUCAAUUGAAUGUUGGAUUUAUUACGCCAACAAAAGUGUUUUUGAAAGAUGCUAAACCUGGUGAUGUUAUAGCUGUUCCUAAAGGACAAUUGCAUUUUCUAGUAAACACUGGUGCUGAAAAAGCGGUUGCAUUUGCAGCUUUUAGUAGCUCAGAUCCUAGUGUGCAAACACUUGAUUUGCUCUUAUUUGGCAAUGAUUUAUCAACUGCUAUUCUUUCACAGACUACUUUGCUUGAUGUAGCACAGAUUCAGAAGCUUAAGGCUGCAUUUGGCGGCAAGAAUUAG